CUCUCUCUCCUGCCCUCCCUCUCGGCAGCCGCGGCAGCCGAGCCACGUGGUGGGGCCGGGAAACCGCGGCCGCGGAGCACCCUGGCGGCUGCCCCAGCUGGGCAGUGCUGCUCUGCGCUGCGCCGCGCUCGGUGCCUGCGCUCCCCUCUCCGCACUCCCCGCCAACCGCCCCGGGGCGGGAGGCGCGCCCGGCAGUGGGGCGUCCAGACAAAGGAGGCGCGGCAGAGCCGGCGCGCGGGCGGACGGACCAUGGACUCCGAGCGCGAGCGGCCGGCCCCAGCCCUGAGGACCCGGCGCUCCCGGGCCCGGCCCUAAGGCGCCCGGCCCCGCCGCCCGGGGCGCCCAGCGCGGAGGACGCGGAGCCCGCGCGGCACGGAGGAGGCGGCGGCCGCCGAACCAGAGGGGCGCCGCGGCGGUCGGCGCGCGCGACCCCCGGAGCCAUGGGCAAGUGCAGCGGGCGCUGCACGCUGGUCGCCUUCUGCUGCCUGCAGCUGGUGGCUGCGCUGGAGCGGCAGAUCUUUGACUUCCUGGGCUACCAGUGGGCUCCGAUCCUAGCCAACUUCCUGCACAUCAUGGCAGUUAUCCUGGGCAUCUUUGGCACCGUGCAGUACCGCUCCCGGUACCUCAUUCUGUAUGCAGCCUGGCUGGUGCUCUGGGUUGGCUGGAAUGCUUUUAUCAUCUGCUUCUAUUUGGAGGUUGGACAGCUGUCCCAGGACCGGGACUUCAUCAUGACCUUCAACACAUCCCUGCACCGCUCCUGGUGGAUGGAGAACGGGCCAGGCUGCCUGGUGACACCUGUCCUGAACUCCCGCCUGGCCCUGGAGGACCACCAUGUCAUCUCAGUCACCGGCUGCCUGCUCGACUACCCCUACAUUGAAGCACUUAGCAGUGCCCUGCAGAUCUUCUUGGCUCUGUUCGGCUUCGUGUUCGCCUGCUACGUGAGCAAAGUAUUCCUGGAAGAGGAGGACAGCUUCGAUUUCAUCGGCGGUUUUGACUCCUACGGAUACCAGGCGCCCCAGAAGACGUCGCAUUUACAACUGCAGCCUCUGUACACGUGGGUCAUGGCGCGGAGCCGUGUCGGGUGGAGGGACCCCGGCAUUAGUGUCUGGGUAGCGUUUGCCCCACGCCCACCGCCGCGGCUAGACUGACCGCCGCUGCCGCGAGCUCUGGCCAAAAUGGCAGGCGCGCCCCCUGGCGGCUCCCUGACUGACUGCAGCCUGAGCCGGCUGGAUCUGGGUCUGAAGCGGACUUAGACUUGGCCCUUAGCAGCCUGGACUUGAGGGGUGGGGCGGGGAGCAGGGUGUGGCGGGGAGAAUCGCGGGGUUUGUAUUUUUUUUUUUUUUUUAAUCUCAGCCUUGACGUGUGCGGGAGACCCCCCCGCCCUUCUCCAGCCUCCCCUUUCUCCCUUCUUCCCCCAGCAUCCUGUCCCCUGUCCAGAGGGAAAGGGCAGGAGAGACACACACACCCCAUCUCCCCACAUUUAUUCACCAGCCCUGGGGAAAGUUCCCCCGAACCAUGAAGAGGAGGAGUCCUGGGUUCUAAUCGCAGCUCCAUCACUAACUCUGUGUGACAUCUGGCAAAGCCCUUGUCUUCUCUGGGCCUUAGCUUCUCACCUCAAAUAAUUAAAAUAAUCCCUUAGUAAAUGGAGCUCUUCCUAGCCUUUUCAUUUGACUCUCAAUUCUCUGGACUAUACUGGGGUUUUGCUAUAAUCCCCAUUUUGCAGAUAUGGAAACUGAGUCCCAGAGAUGUAAAGUGAUUUGCUUGAGGUCACACAGCUGGGCUUUUGGUGGAGGCAGGCCUUGAAUACAGUAUAUCAUCUGUAGUUUCAGGCUCUAAAACCCAGUGUCCAGUUUCUGAAUUCCAUUUCCAAGCCCCCUUCCAACUUGGACACUCUAGAACCCAUAUGGCAUACACCACUCUCACAUACCACCGCCACCACUUGCCAACGCCUCUCUUAAAGCAAUAUACCCGUUCUCUUGUUGAGCACGGGAUGGACAGAUCCCAGAGCCCUGAAUUCUGCCUGACCUACACGGAAGCCUUCUUAGACUCGGCCUCUGCCCACCCUUGGCAAAGCUUUCGAGCUUUCUCUAGCAAAGGGGGGACACAACCCCAUUGCCCCACUCCCUCCCAGGUCCCUGAGGCUGCUGCACCCAUGACCCCUCACCCCCUCAGCAACUUUGCCAACCUCUAAGGACACCAUCCACUUCAUCUGAUGAAAAGACCAGUGGUUCCAGCAUGGAAAAGGGCUCAUCUGUGCUGCCUGGCCACCAGUGUUGAAAGAUCACCAGCGUUCAUGAUCGUUUUGGUGUCCAGAAGCAACUUCUAACAACCCCAGAAGUUGUUCCGGAGAGGCAGAGUGGGGGAGGGAUGCCACUGGGGAGAGGGGUCUGGAGGGCCAGCACUCUUCCUUAAGAGCAAGUCGACGUAAGGGCUCAGUCUCCUCACCUCCCUCCUCAGACACCUCUGAGGACCCUGCAUCCCGUGUGCUGGCUGGUGAAUCCGAGGGCAGGAGGAUUGGGCCUCAGCUUCCAGUUUGUGAAACAGGAGUGGCCCUGGCUUAGGGAGGGUGGGAGGCCCGGGGGAACCAGGUGGAAGUAUGGAUGGUCGUACACCUGAGCCCCUCCAUGGUGACCAUUCCUCACUCUCCACAUGCUGAUCUGCCAUCCCCUCCUGUCUAAGGCCAAAAUAUCCUGAACUCGGACCCCACCCCAACAUCUAGUGUGCAGGUCUAUGCUGAAGAGCCAACCCUGGGCAUUUCUCUGGUCACUGCGGGACCUGAGAUCAGCCCUGACCAGCUACAGGUGCAGCUCAAGAGUGUGAUGGUUCCCUCCAGCCUGGCUGCUGCUCUGCCCCUGGGCCAACUCCUGCCUCCAGCCCUCUCCUCCCACCCCCAGCCAGCUGUCAUCUCACCCCGAACCCCUUUUCUACUCAGCAGGUUUAGCCACUGGUGCUUUGAAGCCUUUUGUUUUUAUAAGAUGGUUUUUUUUUCCCAAGGAGACCAGGUUUUCGUCUCACUGGGAACUUGCAAGGCAGGGAGUGUUGCCCUGGUUUCUGUGCAGGUGGGUUGAUUAAAGACUGUGUUUUCUCUCUUCCUGUCCUGCCCGUGAGUUAGCAGGGUCUUCUAAGGGAAAAGUCUCUGUAUGAAGGGUGGGCAGAGGUUGGGAACCUAUGUCAUUGUCAUGAUCAAACAUUCCUGGGACACUGGCCUGUGCCUCUGGCUGGCUGUGUGGCUUUGGACAAAUGAUCCUCCCUGUCUUGCUUCACAAUCCCUUGGAGAGCUUUCUAUUUUUCUGAUUAAGUGCAUUUUAAGAUUAUGCUUUCAAAUAUCAUUGGCAUCUUGGCUCUGCCCUCUUCUGAUGAUUCAGUUCCUGACUUGGAAUAAACUGGCAGACAGUGCUUUAGACAGAUUCCUGCCUCCCAACUGGGACAUCCUGGCUCUUUUACUGACCACACCACGAGAAUCAGUCUUUUGAAUCUUAAACAUUUAUUUUUGUGUGUAAAUAAGUAAUAUGUAUAUAUGACGCAGAAUUCAGAAAGUUUCAGGGGGCUAUGUACUCUUCACCUAUUUUUCAUAUCUUUCCAAAGAUAGUCAAUUUUUUUAAAUUAUAUAAAAUUUUCCCCCCUUUUCACACAAAUGGUAAAAUAUGUUACUUACUCUUCAACUCUACUUUUUUCAACCUAACUCUUGGAAAUCUCCCAAUAACACAUGUGGAGCUGUCUCCCAUUCUUCCACAGUGAUUUGGUAGAACUGAGAUUUUCAAGAUCUCCAGGUGACCUUGCAGUAAGGGCCAAGAACCAGAGGUUCCACA